AUGGCGAAAAGAAAAGCAGAAUACAAAACUUCAGAAACGGAAAAACCAACCAAGAAGCCAACUAAAUCAAAAAAUCAUGCAUCAAUUUCAAUUUGUAUACCAUCUACAGUUAUUUCAAAUAAGAAUGCAUACAAUUUGGAGCAAAAGACAUUUAUAGUAUAUCAAAUUGCCAAAGCUUGUUUAAUUUAUAAUGUACUGGAGAUAAUAGUAAUCAACGUACCAGAAGAUAGAAAAAGCGAGGAGAAAGAAGAGAUCAAAGAAGAAGUUAAAAUUGGUAAUAAAGUUGUUUUCAAUGAAAAUAUUUCAAACAACGAAUCAAAAUCCAAAAGUGAGCAAGACGAUGAUGAUGCACAAGGUGAUGGAUUACUACUAGCUAGUUUACUACAAUUUUUUAUUACUCCUCCAUAUUUAAUUAAAACCAUGUUUUCAUCAACUUUAAAUAAAAAAUUUAAAUUUAUUUUAAAUAAAUUCAAAUAUGCUUUUAAAUUACCCAAAAUCACUACAUUACCAUUCAUGUCAAAUAAUUCAGUAUUUAAAGACUUUAAAGAAGGAAUUAUAAUACCGAGAGAAACUCCAAAAAUUAAAAAUAAAAAGGGAAUAAAAAUUAAAUCACCACAUAAGAUUAAAGUAAGCAAAUAUGUAAAUAUUGGAGAAUCAAAACCUUUAAAACUUAAUAUAGAAAGAGAAAUUCCCAUAUAUUCAAGGGUAACAGUGGAUUUAAAAAAUCAAACUAUUAUUAACCCUGAAAAAGCAUAUGGUUUAACAGGGUACAAGUCAUCUUUUGGUUAUUAUGUUAGAUUGAUAAAUUCAAAUCAAUUUAAUAAAGUUUUUACUGGAUCACCAAUUGAAUCAGGUUAUUCGAAAACAAUAUUUGUUAAUUGUGAUGAUUAUUUCAAUAAGGUUGAUAAUUCAGGAAUACUUGAAAAUUUAAAAUCCAUUGAAGAGGAUACUGAUUUAAAGAAAGAUGAAAAUGUUUUAUUAAUAUUAGGAAAUUAUAAUACUAUUCAAGAUAGUUUUAAUAAAGAUGAUGAAAAAUCUACCAUAUUUAGUGGUAUUGAUCUGGUUCUACAAUUGUUUGAUUUUAAAUUGAAUAUUCCACAAGGUUGUAAAAUUGAAGAUUCAAUAAUGAUCUCGUUGACUAAACUAUUAAAUGGAUAG